AUGAAUUUUAGAUAAGAAGCUGAUAUAAUUGUGGAUUCUAUCUUCAAUUAAAUAAAUAUAAGUUAGAACGAAAGAAUAAUUAACAAUUUGAGGGAUUAUUAAUAGCUUAUAAAAGAAAAUUUGUUUGAGUUAGAUAAUUAGGAAGAUGAUUUAAAAAUUAAAGAAGUUUAUCUAUCUAAAUUAAAAAAAUUAUAAUAAUUUGCUGAAAACUCUAAUAAUCUCAGAUAAGUUUGGAAAUAUAUGUCAUUUAAAAUCUACUCAUAAUAAGAUUAAUUUAUGGAAUUGGUUAAAAAUCUGCCAAAUUUGAUUCAGUAUCACUUAUAAUAGAAAGUGAUGACUUUAAGUUCAUUUAAAAGUUAGGAAUGUGCAGAAUUAUUCUCUCAUUAACUUGUUACAUUUGAAAUUAAAUUAAUAUUAGAUGAAUCAAAUUUAGCAUAAAAUAUUGAAAAAGAGGAUUGUGUUGGAUGUAUAACUUAUGUUUCUCCAGAAGUUUAAAAUGAAAGACUCUUUAGAAUAGUAAUGAAUUUAAAAGGAUUUAUUAGUAAAGUUAAAAAAUUAGAUUAAUUGAUUAACAAUUGUAAUUUAGAUGCUGAACUUUUAAAAUUCACAUUUGAUAACAAAUCAAAGAAAAUUACAUUGUGGAGCCAAGAUGAUAACAUUAGCUAUUAAAUUACAAGAAAGUAUUUAAUUUAUUGAUUAUAAGAUUGACUCUUGAUGAUGUACCUUAAUUUGAAUAAAAGAUCUAUUUACAUUCUGGUAUGAUAAUUUAAUUAACUUAAAAUUUUUAUCUUAAAGUUAAUGCUUGUGUUAAUGAAAAUAGAAGUUAAGGAGAUUUUAACUAAAAUUUUACUCCUUGUGUGAAUAGUUCAGAAAAAAUUUAAUUAAAACCGAUAUUAAUUUCUGAUAAUAAAAGAUGGAUCUCAAUAAAUAAUGGAUUUGAAGAUGUAAUUUAUUAUCCAAAUUAAAUUCCAUUAAAAAUUUCAAAACAUUAAACACUUCCAAAAGAAUUAGAAGUACUAUUAUAAAAUGAUGGUUUUGGCCAUUAUAUUAUAGUAGUAGGAAAUUGUUCAGCUUUCUAUCCUAGGAUUAAAAGUAAAAAAAGUUAAGGUAACGCUCUGUAACUCAUUACUACAUAAGAUAAUUUUAAUUUAGGAAUAAUUUACUAAGAUAAUAUUAGAUUAUAACUGAGUUCUGAUUUAUUAUCAGUUUGGAAAGGCUUAGAAAUUUUUGAUUUAUGA